AAUAAACAUGGCGUUUAAGUAAACACGCCUCAUCAUGUUUGUCUCCAUCAUAAUCCACGCCAUCCGGCACGAUGCAAACACUACAUUGGUGUCAGAAGUGUGAAACGUACCACCCAGAAGCUUGAAGACAACAAUCCCGAGGAAUUUACAUCGUCGACGCAGCCGAAAACUCUCAGGCAAGCGCAACAUGGCCAAUGCACUCCCGCCGUUCCCGAGUUUUGACCUUCGAGUCACCGACGCCAACAACAUCGGACUUGAAUGGACAAAGUGGGUAGAACGAUUCCAAAACUUCCUCGUUGCGUGCAACAUCACGUCGGACACUCGCAAGAAAGCUCUUUUGCUUCACUACGUCGGUGAAGAGGUGUACGACCUAUUCCAAUCUCUGCCGGCCAGCACGUUAGAAAGCACAUCCGAGUACGAAGCGGCAAAAGCAAAACUCGACGCUCACUUCGCACCACGAAUCAACCCAACCUUUGCAGUGUAUCGUUUCAGACAAACAAAACAGAACGUGGGUGAAAGCUUGGACGCGUUUUACGCCCGACUCCGACAGCUCGCCCGACACUGCGGCUUCGCGAACGUCGAUCUUGAAAUCAAGAGUCAGAUCAUCCUCGCUACAACGUCGACCCGUCGGCGGAAAUAUGCCAUGCUGCACGCCAUAGAGCUGCCCGAAAUCCUCAAGCAAGGACGGCUGUUCGAAGACGUUGAACGUGACGUCUCUGAGAUAGAGAAAAGCGUCGACAGCACUCAGUCGGCAUUUUCGCUGCAACAAGGCGCGAAAAACCAUCUGGAAAACUCGGAGAAGCACCACAGCUACAAGGGUCGUCGAAACCUGAAGCCACCUUUUCGACAAUCAUGUGACACAGGCAAACGCGAUACGCCAAACAACUGUCACAACUGCGGCGGCAAGUGGCCUCAUCAAGGUGGGCGAUCAGGUUGCCCUGCGUGGGGCAAGACAUGCAAUGCAUGUAACAAGGUUGGUCACUUCGCACGAUUUUGUCGCUCAACUAAGAAAAUGGUGCAAGCAGUACACUGUGACAGUGGCCCAAACAGGAACUCGCAGGCAGCCUGCAGUAAGAGGUGUUCAAGCUCUAAAGAACACUCUGCCUCCUUUGAGUCAGGUUCAAGCAGCGACGAAUAUGCCUUUGUUGCCAUGACUUCCCCUCAAGCAGGCUCAUCUCCAAAAGCCGUUGUUACUGUGAACAAUGUGCCUGUUACCUUUAUAAUCGACACAGGUGCUACGGUGUCUAUUGUUGGUGAAAACGACUUUAAGAGCUACCGCCUAAAUGUGAAUCUCCAGGCAACAUCCAUCAAAGUAUUUCCGUACAAAGCAACAUCUCCGCUAGAACUUUUGCUGUCACGAUGA